UUCUUUUUUCCUUUCCAACCCUAAGCUAUUACUGCAUGUGCUGCUCAUUUUUGGCCCAACACUUGACCUUUUGCUUCUUUCUUGACCAGGGAAAUGAGGAUUCUAUGGAGCUACCUCUUGGGUUGAGGAAGGAAACCAGGAAUGUAUGAAGAAAUCAUCUCAAGGUGAAGACGUUGCUGAAUUUGUGACCUGUCUUACAGACACGAAAAGAAAACUGGAAGAGUCAAGUUUCUGUGUUGCAAUAAUACACCCAUAUCACUGUUAAUAUGAACGAGAAAGCAUCUCAAUGCCUGGAGUGUGGAAAGAAUUUCAGUCGGAGGGAUUCUCUUCACCAACAUGAAAGGACUCACAUGGGAGAGAAACCCUAUACAUGCCUCGAGUGUGGACAGAGCUUCACUCAGAGUGGAAGUCUACGAAUGCAUCAAAGGACUCACACUGGGGAGAAACCCUAUACAUGCCUGGAGUGUGGGCAGAGCUUCACUCAGAGUGGAAAUCUACGUACACAUCAAAGGAUUCACACUGGGGAGAAACCCCAUACAUGCCUGGUGUGUGGAAAGAGCUUCACUUGUAGUUCACAUCUACAAUCACAUCAAAGGAUUCACACUGGAGAGAAACCCUUUAAAUGUCUGGAGUGUGGACAGAGCUUCACUCAGAGUUCAGGUCUACAUUCACAUCAAAGGAUUCACACUGGGGAGAAACCCCACACAUGCCUGGAGUGUGGACAGAGCUUCACUCAGAGGGGACAUCUACAUAGACAUCAAAGGAUUCACACUGGCGAGAAACCUUACAAAUGCCUGGAGUGUGCAAAGAGGUUCACUUGUAGUUCAGAUCUACGAUCACAUGAAAGGACUCACACUGGGGAGAAACCCUUUAAAUGCCCGGAGUGUGGAAAGAACUUCACUCAGAGUACAGGUCUACAUUCACAUCAAAGGAUUCACACUGGGGAGAAACCCCACACAUGCCUGGAGUGUGGACAGAGCUUCACUCAGAUGGGACAUCUACAGAGACAUCAAAGAACUCACACUGGGGAGAAAUCCUAUAAAUGCAUGGAAUGUGGACAGAGCUUCACGUGUAGUUCAGGUCUACGAUCACAUCAAUGGACUCACACUGGGGAGAAACCCUAUAAAUGUCUGGAGUGCGGACAGAGCUUCACUCGUAAUUCAGGUCUACGAUCACAUCAAUGGACUCACACUGGGGAGAAACCCUAUAAAUGCAUGGAGUGUGGACAGAGCUUCACUCGUAGUUCAGGUCUACGAUCACAUCAGUGGACUCACACUGGGGAGAAACCCUAUAAAUGCCUGAAGUGUGGACAGAGCUUCACUUGUAGUUCAGGUCUGCAAUCACAUCAAUGGACUCACACUGGCGAGAAACCUUAUAAAUGCCAGGAGUGUGGACAGAGCUUCAAUAAUAAUUCAGGUCUACGUUCACAUCAAAGGACUCACACUGGAGAGAAACCCUAUACAUGCCUGGAGUGUGGAAAGAGCUUCACUCAGAGUUCAGGUCUACAUUCACAUGAAAGGACUCACACUGGGGAGAAACCCUAUAAAUGUCUGGAGUGUGGACAGAGUUUCACUGAGAGUGGAAGUCUACAUAGACAUCAAAAGACUCAUAUUGGGGAGAAACCCUAUACAUGCCUGGAGUGUGGGAAGACCUUUGCUCUCAGUCAAAGCCUACGUUCACAUCAAAGAACUCACACUGGGGAGAAACCCUAUAAGUGCCUAGAAUGUGGACAGAGCUUCACUCACAGUGGAAGUCUGCGUAACCAUCAGCGGAUUCACACUGGGGAGAAACCAUAUGAAUGCUUGGAAUGUGGAAAGAGCUUCACUGAGGGUGGAAGUCUACGUAAACAUCAAAGGAUUCACACUGGGGAGAAACCCUAUAAGUGCCUAGAAUGUGGACAGAACUUCACUCACAGGCUGAGAGUGGCGCGACAUGAAAGGACUCACAGUGGGGAGAAACCCUAUACAUGCCUCGAGUGUGGACAAAGCUUCACUCAGAGUUCAACUCUACGUUCCCAUCAAAGGAUUCACACUGGGGAUAAACCCUUUAAAUGCCUGGAGUGUGGGAAGAGCUUCAGUCAGAGUGGAGUCCUACGUUCCCAUCAAAGGACUCACACUGGGGAGAAACCCUAUAAAUGCCUCAAGUGUGGACAGAGCUUCAUUCGUAGUUCGCACCUACGAUCACAUGAAAGGAUUCACACUGGGGAGAAUCCCUAUACAUGCCUGGAGUGUGGAAAGAGUUUCAUUCGGAGGGAUUCACUUCAUUCAACUCUACGUUCACAUCAAAGGACUCACACUGGGGAGAAACCCUAUACAUGCCUGGAGUGUGGACAGAGCUUCAUUCAGAGUUCAGGUGUCCAUUCACAUCAACGGACUCACACUGGGGAGAAACCCUAUAAAUGCCUCGAGUGUGGACAGAGCUUCAUUCAAAGUUCAAAUCUACAUUCACAUCAAAGGAUUCACACUGGGGAGAAACCCUAUAAAUGCUGGGAAUGUGGACAGAGCUUCACUCAGAAGGGUCAUCUACAUAGACAUCAGAGGACUCACACUGGGGUUAAACCUUAUAAAUGCCUCGAGUGUGGAAAGAGUUUCACUCGUAGUUCAGAUCUACGAUCACAUCAAAGGACUCACACUGGGGAGAAACCCUUUAAAUGCCUGGAGUGUGGACAGAGUUUCAGUCGGAGGAAUUCUCUUCAGCAACAUCAAAGGACUCACACAGGGGAGAAACCCUAUACAUUCCUGAAGUGUGGACAGAGUUUCCGUCGGAGGGAUUCUCUUCAGCAACAUGAAAGGACUCACAUGGAACUGAAACCCUAUAAAUGCCUUGAGUGUGGACAGAUCUUCAUUCAAAGUUCAUCUCUACGUAGGCAUCAAAGGACUCACACUGGGGAGAAACCCUAUUCAUGCCUGGAGUGUGGAAAGAGCUUCUGUCAUAGUUCAACUCUACGUUCACAUCAAAGGACACACAGUGGGGAGAAACCCUAUAAGUGCUUAGAGUGUGGAUGGAGCUUCACUGAGGGUGGAAGUCUACGUAAACAUCAAAGGAUUCACACUGGGGAGAAACCCUAUAAGUGCCUAGAAUGUGGACAGAGCUUCGCUCACAAUGGAAAUCUACGUAAACAUCAGCGGAUUCACACUGGGGAGAAACCCUAUAAAUGCCUGGAGUGUGGGCAGAUCUUCACUCACAGUAGAAAUCUACGUAGACACCAAAGAACUCACACUGGUGAGAAACCCUAUACAUGCCUGGAGUGUGGACAGCGCUUCACUCAUAUUGCAGGUCUGCAUUCGCAUAAAAGGACUCACACUGGGGAGAAACCCACUCUAUAAAUGCCUAGAAUGUGGACAGAGCUUAACUCACAGCGGAAGUGUACGUUCACAUCAAAGGACUCACUGGGGAGAAAUCCCAUGAAAGCAUGGAGUGUUGAAAGAGCUUCUCUGAGAGUUCAACCUACAUAUACAUAGAUUUUCAAUGGAGACAACAGUGGCAUUUGACCGAAAUACCACUUUCCAAGCUUUUCAUGUUGUUUACACUCUUUAGACCUGCAUCCUUUCAUGACAUGGUAGUUCAGUUUAAGAAACCAGAGAUUAAACC